AUUUUAUGCCACCGUCUUACGAAGCCUCCUUCAUAGCUGCCCUUGUACAAAAAUGCACAUCCAUAACUUCCCUGAGACAAGCGCGUCAGGUACACGCUCUCCUUCUAACCACUGUAACUGUCAGCCCGCAGUCGCCGUACCUAUACAACAAUGUCCUCUCUAUGUAUGCCCGAUGCGGUUCGCUCGGCGACUCCCGGAUGGUGUUCGACAGAAUGCCUCAACGAAAUCUUAUUUCUUUUAACGCACUCAUUGCGGCCUAUUCCCGAGCUCCGAACCAUGCGGUUUCGGCCUUAAAACUGAGCACCCGAAUAGCUGUUGAAGGCCUCAGGCCUAACGGUUCCACUUUCACAAGCUCACUGCAGGCAUCUUAUGCUCUUGAAGAUUGGUCGAUUGGUUCUCAGCUUCACGCUCAAGUUGUGAAAUUUGGAUUCCCAAACGAUCAAUGUGUUCAAACCUCUUUAUUGGGUAUGUACUCCAGCUGUGGGGAUUUGGAGUCAGCGAGAAAUGUAUUUGAGUGGCUGGUUGACAAAGACGUCGUCGCUUGGAAUUCUAUCAUGUAUGGGAAUUUGAAGAACGAGAAGGUAAAGGAAGGGCUUCGCGUCUUUCAUGACAUGUUGGCGACCGGAGUUACUCCAACACUGUUCACGUAUUCGAUGGUUUUGAAUGCAUGCAGCAGGUUUGGAGAUUAUCGACUUGGGAAAGUCAUCCAUGGCAGAGUGGUAGUUUCUAGCACUUUAGCGGAUUUAACUUUGCAGAAUGCUCUGCUUGACAUGUACUGCAACUGUAGCGAUACCCAAGCGGCAUUUGGAGUUUUUAGGAGAAUGGAGAAGAAAGAUUUGGUUUCAUGGAACUCAAUGUUGUCUGGGUAUGGAGAAAAUGGGGAGGGGGAGAAGACCGUGGAUCUGUUUGUCCAGUUUAGGGGAAUUUCUCCUCUUAAACCAGAUCAAUAUACCUUUGCAGCUGUUAUUUCUGCCAUGGACGAAUGCUUAGCCUCUCAUUAUGGGAAGCCUCUUCAUGCCCAAGUUAUCAAAACUGGAUUUGAGAGGAGUAUUUUCGUAGGAACUACAAUCGUGUCAAUGUAUUUCAAAAAUGGUGAAACUGAAGACGCUCAGAAGGUCUUUUAUUCAAUUUCAGAUAAGGAUGUUGUUCUAUGGACUGAGAUGAUCACCGGUCAUUCUAGAUUGGCUGAUGGAAAUAUUGCAAUCAAAUUCUACAAUCAAAUGUGUCGCGAAGGCCAUAAAGUUGAUAGCUUUGCUCUAACUGGAGCUCUCAACAUGUGUGCCGACCUCACCAUUUUGAAACAAGGUGAGAUGAUUCAUUCCCAAGCUUUAAAAACAGGGUAUGAUGUUGAAAUGUCUGUUUGUGGUAGCCUGGUGGAUAUGUACUCCAAAAAUGGUAGCAUUGAAGCUGCUCGUUCUAUAUUUUCUCAAGCUUUGGACCCUGACUUGAAGUGCUGGAACUCAAUGCUUGGAGGAUAUAGUCAUCAUGGGAUGGCAGAGGAGGCUUUCCAGCUUUUUUAUGAGAUUCUAAAACAUGGGUUGAGACCAGAUCAAGUAACAUUUUUGUCCCUACUGUCAGCUUUCAACCACAGUGGGUUAGUUGAAAAGGCAAAGUUUUUAUGGAAUUAUAUGAAGCAAGAUCGUAUCGAUCCUGGUCCUAAGCACUACUCUUGCAUGGUGAGUUUGUUAAGCCGAGCUGGAUUAUUGGAUGAAGCUGAGGAAAUGAUUGUCAAAUCGCCUUAUAGUGAAGACAAUCUAGAGUUAUGGAGGACUUUGCUGAGUUCGUGUGUGAUUGGUAAAAAUAUGAGAAUCGGAGUUCAUGCUGCGGAUCAGGUUUUGAGAAUAGAUCCCGAAGACAGUGCAACAUAUAUCUUGCUUUCCAACCUAUAUGCAACCGCAGGAAAGUGGGAUGGUGUUAUAGAAAUGAGAAGAAAGAUCAGGGGAUUGAUGUUGGAGAAGGGCCCUGGAUUAAGCUGGCUGGAGGCUGAGAAUAAUAACAUCAAGGUAUUUUUUUCGGGUAUUCAAUCAAAUCCAGAGAAUGAUGAAGCCCAAGCCGCAUCGCAUAGGCUACAGAGGAACAUGAAAAGAUCAGAAACAGAUGAACCUGAUGCAAUCAGUUAUUCUUCGUAGGAUGUAAGAGAGUCAUCGAUUAC